AUGAAUUCUUUUUAAUUUUCCAAGCCCAAGCCAAACGUGCCAUCUUUAUCAGUGGAUCAUACUAGCCAAGCUUAGGUCAUUUCUUAGAACUAAAGGAGACAGUAUUCCUUGAAUAAGCAAUAAAUUAAGCAUCCAAUUUUAAAAAUAGUAAACCCCAAUAACUCAUUUUAGAUGGGAGCAUAAUAGUAAUCACCGUAUCAAUCAAUGAGUUUCUAAAACUCACCCUAAGCUAGAGAUGACAGCUAAAAUUAGAUGAAAUCUAAUGCUAUUUAGCAAAUGUACGAGCAGAACAAACAAAUUAAGCAAUAAAUACAACUAAAUUAAUAAAAUCAGUAGUUUCAUCCAAAUGGCUCUUUCAGAAAGCCAAAAGCUUUAAGUUUUGCACAACAAAAAAAUGAGUAUCAAGGAGACAGUCUGAAUGAUUCAAUUGUUCUAAACUAGAGGAUGAUGACAAAAGCCAAACCAGAAUCACAUAAUCCUUCACCUAAAAACAGUAAAUAAAAAAUGUAAAAUGAAAUGGGAAACGAUUUUUUUGGUAUUGAUAGUCUAAAUAAUCCAAGAAUAAUUGAUUCGAAUAUAUCAUAAAAUGGGAUCCGACCUAAUACUGCAGCGGUAAAUAAAAAACUUCAAAAUCCAUUAUAAAAUAAUCUCACAUCUUAAAGAUUAACUCAAAAUUAAAACGGCCAAUCAUUGAGUAAUCAGACUGUGACAAGACCUAACUCACAAAAUAAUCCUAUCUUAAAUUCUCAUUACAGGAAAAACAAUCUUAGUAAACCGAGUCAAAUAGUAAUUGGUGAGAUGCAAUAGGAGGAAAUGUCUAAAUAUAUUAAGGACUAGAGGAAAAACAUUAAUAUUGCUGCAUCACCUCCUUCCAUUUAAAAUAACUCACUUUAGCUGAAUAGCCAAAAUGGGAUAAAUUCUGGAUAAAAUACAACCAGCAAUGUAAAUUAGCAAAUGAACAACAAUUAAAUGAACACAAACUAAGUUAAUUAAUAACCCAAGCCAUAGUAACAAAACAAUUCAUAAGUACUAAAUAUUCUUAAGCAAAUGAAUAUUACCAAAGUUACACCAGGAAAAGAUGGGAAUAUUAAGUUUGGUGGGAAGCUUUAAACUCUAGACCACUUUAAAACCUUUGAAAGAGAUAAGCUUAAUCAUACUUUAGAUAACAGUAUUAGUGGGCAACAUCAGGAUUAGAUCAUGUUAGAGUAAUAUCAAACAUUAUCUAGUUAGCCUGUGAAAGCGACUCUGAAUGGUCAUAUGUUAAGAUCAUAUGACUUUAGACAACCAACAUCUAAGGGGAAUAAAUCUUUGAAUAGAACUGAUAUAACGAUAGCUGAUGAUGAAAAUCCAUUGCAACCACCAAAAACAGUUGCUACAAACAAAUAAAUUAGGAAAUUCAGCAACAACUUCGUCAGACCUUAAUUCCACUCAAAUAAUUCUCCUGAUAAUAAUGGAAAAAAGUUUGUUUAGAUCUAAAAUUCUGCUAACAGUGUUUUGAACAUUACUAACCAAAACUCAAAUUUAAAUAUCAAUAAUUAAAACAGCAAUUCAUAAACUAUUAAUAAUCAUUAGAACAACCCUAAUAACAAUGGCAGCAGCCAAUAAAGAUAAAACUCUCUUAAUUCUUCAUCAAAUCAAAUAAGCAGUCCUAAUACCAGUAACGGAAAUAUCAUCAAUGAGCAAGAGAAAAAUAUUGUAUAUAAAAAAGCUUCUUCUUACUUUAGCUAACCUAGCUCCCCUAAGCAGAUGAGCAGACCAAUUACAAAUAAAUAGAUUUAGAGAGUCUAAAUUAGAGAGCAGAGAGAUCGAGUUUAGUCUUAAGAAAAAAAUAACUCUCGAGAAAUAUAGGAUAAGAAGGAUCAAGAAGAAAGAUAUAAUGUGAUAACAAAGUUUGCGUUUGCUACAACUGUAGGAUUCAUGCCUGGAAAUCCUCAUAAAUAGAACCAAGAUAGUUUUACUCUUACUCCAAAUCUAGGAGGUAUUUAGGGUCUUCAUUUCUUUGCAGUGUCAGAUGGUCAUGGACUCAAUGGUCAUCAUGUCUCCGCUUUCAUUAAAGAUAAAAUCUCAAGUAAAAUGAAUAUUAUUAAACUUUUAGAUAUGUUACUUGAUUAAUUUGGAAAGAUUCAAGGAUCUAACUAAAGUAAUUUCUACAAAAAUAGAUCAGAGUUUCAUUAAUUGUCCCCAUUAUGCUUGAAAGCAACAUUUAAUUAAUUACAUCAGUAGCUAGCUAAGCAAGCAUUUGAAGUUUUUCUAAGUGGCUCAACUUGUUGCUCUGUCCUUUUCGACAUGAACACAAUUUUUGUGGCUAAUUGUGGUGAUUCAAGAGCAAUGAUGUGCUCAUAUUCACCUAAAUCUGGAAUAAAAAUUACCUAACUCAGUUAAGAUCAUAAGCCAAGUUUACCCGAGGAAAUGAUAAGAAUUAAACAAGCUGGAGGAAGAGUUGAGACAUUCAAAGGACCGAAUAAUGAAAAUCUUGGCCCAGAUAGAGUCUGGCUAAUGAAUGAAGAUUCUCCAGGACUUGCUAUGAGCAGAUCUCUGGGAGAUAAUCAAGCUCAUUUGAUUGGAGUAAUUCCAGAACCAGAUGUUACAAAAUAUGAUUUGACUCCAGACGACAAAUUUAUUAUCAUCGCAAGUGACGGAGUUUGGGAAUUCUUAGAAAACGAACAAGUGGCAGAAAUUAUUUGGCCUUACUUUGUUAAGCAUUCUCCAGAGGCAGCUGGAAAUGCCCUAGUAAGAGCUGCUGCUCAGAAAUGGAAAGAAAAUGAUACUGUUAUAGAUGACAUUACCUGCAUUAUUAUAUUUAUGGAGAUUGAUUGA